GAAUUGGCGGCUGUCGGGAUGCUAGCUAGCUAGCUGCUCAGGCUGAGGCGGUCGGGGCGACCAUCCCUCUAAUGCCAGCGUGGCGAGGAGAUUCCGGGGCGAAGCCGGAGGCCCUAAGGAGAAAGAAAGAGUGGUAGCCUGGCUUAUGGCCUGCAAAAGGGGGGCACUCCUACUUCAAUAGGCACUCAGCCAACUACAGAUGGGGGGCGUGUAAGCCCCCGGUUUGUAAACACCGGAAUAGGAGUUACCGAAGAAGGGUCUUCUAGAUCCAGGGGUGCUAGACGUGGAUCGUGAACCAGCUUGGGAAUGACCCUGAAUAGAAGUCUGAGUGCAUGGUAUAGGAGUAGAGGGCCUGAGAACCAAAAAUAGAGAGUCAGACUAAGGAUUUUGCUGUAGAAUUCAGGUUUUGAAACCCGGAGGAUUUGGGUGGAGCCCCGGAGUCCAUUCUGGGUUCUGGCAUGGGGUGUGAGAAACAGACAGAUUUGUUGGCAGUCAGAAGGAACAAUCACCAUUGGAAACUCCAGAGAAGAGUUAUUUCGAAAAUGUCCACAGAAGGAGGGUUUGGCGGUACCAGCAGCAGUGAUGCCCAGCAAAGCCUCCAGUCGUUCUGGCCCAGAGUCAUGGAAGAGAUCCGAAACUUAACAGUGAAAGAUUUCCGAGUACAGGAACUCCCACUGGCUCGUAUUAAGAAGAUUAUGAAACUGGAUGAAGAUGUGAAGAUGAUCAGUGCAGAAGCCCCUGUUCUCUUCGCCAAGGCAGCCCAAAUUUUUAUCACGGAGCUGACUCUUCGAGCCUGGAUCCACACGGAGGACAACAAGCGCCGUACUCUUCAGCGGAAUGAUAUUGCAAUGGCAAUUACAAAAUUUGACCAGUUCGACUUUCUCAUCGACAUUGUUCCAAGAGAUGAACUGAAACCUCCAAAGCGUCAGGAGGAGGUACGCCAGUCUGUGACUCCUGCGGAGCCUGUCCAGUACUACUUCACGCUGGCUCAGCAGCCCACUGCUGUCCAGGUCCAGGGACAGCAGCAAGGCCAGCAGACUACCAGUUCCACGACUACCAUCCAGCCUGGGCAGAUCAUCAUUGCACAGCCUCAGCAGGGUCAGACGACACCCGUGACAAUGCAGGUUGGAGAAGGACAGCAGGUGCAGAUUGUGCAGGCCCAGCCUCAGGGACAAACACAACAGGCCCAGAGUGGUACUGGACAGACCAUGCAGGUGAUGCAGCAGAUCAUCACCAACACUGGAGAGAUCCAGCAGAUCCCGGUGCAGCUGAAUGCCGGCCAGUUGCAGUAUAUCCGCUUAGCCCAGCCUGUGUCAGGCACCCAAGUUGUGCAGGGACAGAUCCAGACACUUGCCACCAAUGCCCAACAGAUCACACAGACAGAAGUCCAACAAGGACAGCAGCAGCAGUUCAGUCAGUUCACAGAUGGACAGCAGCUGUACCAGAUCCAGCAAGUCACCAUGCCUGCAGGCCAAGACCUUGCCCAGCCCAUGUUCAUUCAGUCAACCAACCAGCCCUCCGAUGGGCAGACCCCCCAGGUGACUGGAGACUGAGGGCCUGAGCUGGCAAGGCCAAGGACACCCAACACAAUAUUUGCCAUAGAGCCCCAGGUGAUGGGGACAUACCCUCCCUCACUAGAGGACCUGGGACUUCAAUGCCUCCUUCAGGCUAAGAUACUGGUGCACUACUUUCCACACCUGGGGACUGAGAUUCUACAACAGAAAGAUGCAAUAUUUUUUAUUUUCUUUUUUCCAUUUUUUGUCUCCAAGGAAUCAAUAUUUCAGUAUAUUGAGCUCUGUGUCCAAUGCUAUAAAACAAGAAUAUUAAAUAACAUAUUUAUGGCAUUUUCUUGAAGCGUGUGGUUGAGGAAGUAAUUCUCUGUGUUUCCUGGCUUGGGCACUCACUGCCACUGCUAAGGGACAGCACAUGCUCCCUUCCCAAGGGUGCCCAGGGUUUCCACUCUGCCAGUUCUGCCCUCAGAACAGACCCUUCCCCCAGCGUUCCUCUCUGCCCUUCCUCAGAUCCCCUUGCAUCCAGAAGCCGUGGAAACAUUCCUUGUCUGUGGGCCAUGAACUCAUUCCCCACAGAGAGCUGGUUUCCUCCACGGCCCUUCUCUCCAAGACCCAAGGAGACUAGGGCCUUGUGCUCUGCCCACUAUUUUAUUUUUUGAAUACGUUAAUGAUUGUGUUCAUCUCCGUUGCUGCAUGGACUUCAAACUGCAUGAAAUGCAAUAAAUCUCCUUUUAGGUACUCAA